AUGCAGCAGUACAGUGAUAACAAGAAUCGAUCCACUCCUUCAACGGUCUCAGAAAGGGAUAUGGUGCUACUCAAACAGCCUAAGAGCAAUAAGUUGUCAACAUCCUUUGAUCCCAAUGGUUAUCGCGUGGUCAAACGGCAUGGAAGUAGUGUUCUUCUGCAGCGAGGAAACGAGCCGGCUAUCAUGCGUAAUGUCUCAUUGACUAGGAAAAUUGAAAAUGCCGGUGUCGAACACUUUACGGAAAGCUCCGACGAAGAAGACGAGAUUGAAGGGCAACCAGUAACAGCCGAGCCUGCAGUCACUGUAAACACACGACCCGCAAGGAUGCGUAGACCUCCAGCUAGAAUGCAGGACUUUAUAACAUAA